AUGGAGUUGAGUGAUGUCAGUGAAGUUAAGAAGAUAAGUGAAGUAACAACCAAUGUUGCUGCCGCCUCAGUGGAACGGCUGGAAAACAAGCUUGAGGGGCUGGCAUACAGUGCACCUCCCCAACCACCCCUUCCAGACUUUAGAGUCUCCGACGACUUUGCCUUCAGUAGGAUCAGAGUCGACUUUGCCGGACCGGUAUAUGUAAGGGAUGUCUACUCAAGAAGCAAAAGAAGUAACAAGACGUACAUCGCAAUUUUCACUUGCGCAUCAUCUCACGCGAUUCACCUCGAGAUUGUGCCAGAUCUGUCAACAUCUUCAUUUGUGAGAUGCUUUAAGCGGUUCAUUUUCAGAAGGGGACUGCCACAGUUCGUCAUCUCAGAUAAUGGAAAGACCUUCAAGGGUUCAAGUUUGAAGACCUUUCUCAUGGAAAAUGGCGUAACUUGGAAGUUUAACGUUCCACACGCCCCAUGGUGGGGCGGGUUCUUUGAGCUUAUGGUACGUUCUGUGAAACGUUGCCUCAAGAAGACGCUUGGGGCAUCGCGAGUUGCCUACGAAGAAUUUGAGACAACAUUGGUAGAAGUCGAGGGUAUUCUCAAUUCCUGGCCACUGACCUACGUCACUGAAGACUUCGAAGAACCACUCACACCGUCUUCACUAUGCAUUGGACGUAGACUACUCAGUCCGACAGGAAACCCUCAAGUCGUUGGAGCACAGGGUAAUUUGGCACCAUUGUCAAGGCGCCAAAGGUACCUGGACACGGUUUUGAAACACUUCUGGAAUCGUUGGCGCAAGGAAUACCUCGCGGAGCUUCGAGAACACCAUCGUGGUGUUGGUGGAACAACUGAGCUGGAGUGCAUAGACGGUGGUUCCUCUGGAUCAGGGGUGCUUUUACCCUCCAUCUGGCUCAGGGUCAACUGCUUAGAUACUGCUGGUGGUGCAGUUAGCUCAGACACAGAAGAUGUCGAUUCAAUUUUAUCAGUCGACUGA